AUGUCUGCGUCCACAUUUAAGAACAAUGUCAGUAUCACGCACAUUGGGACUGCCACCGCUAUUCUCAACAUUGAUGGCAUUACCUUCCUCACCGAUCCAUUCUUCUCUCCUGCAGGUUCUGAAUGGGGUAUUGUACCUGGAGCACCCACACUCAAAGUUCAUAAGGACCCUGCUCUGAAGAUGGAUCAACUUCCUCCAAUUGACGCAGUCCUACUCAGUCACGAAAAUCACCCUGACAACCUCGACGAGCUUGGCCGUCAACUUUUAGAUGGCCGUCACGUUUUUACGACAAAAGAUGGUGCAAAGAAUCUCACUCCUCGUCCUGGCGUUCUUGGAUUUGACGAUUGGGAGGAGAAAGAUGUAGUCAUUGCUGGAACCACUUUUCACAUUACAGCUACUCCUUGCAAGCACUGGCCUGGCCAUGAGUGCGUCGGAUUUGUUUUACACACUGAUAACUUUGGCGUUGCACUUGACGGUCGACCUAAUGCAAUUUAUUUCUCAGGGGAUACCGUUUAUAUCGAAGAACUGGCCAAGAUAGCCGAUAAAUAUCACAUCGCUGUCGCUAUUUUGAAUUGUGGUCAAGCAACUUUCGAAAAUUUUGAUGCCAAGGGUCAGCCAAGUCAGUCAGGUGAAUCUCUUCAAAUUACCAUGGGUGGUCACCAAGCUGCUCACCUCUUCCGAGAUAUCAAAGCAGAUGUUUUGGUCCCUAUGCAUUACGAGGCAUGGGAUCAUUUCAAGCAACAAGCGGAUGGACUUUCAGCCGAGUUCAGUGAGGAGGGAAUUUUGUCGCGAGUUCUCUGGCUUCAACCCGGAAAAGCAGUGCCGAUUGAUUCUUGUAUAUAA